CCAGCUCCCAUUGGCUGGCGGAGAGGGCCGGGCCGCUGAUGGGCGAACCCUUCCGCAAUGGGAGGCGGGGCGGGCACCACGGCGCUGACCCAGGGCUGGAGCGGAUCCCGGACCAGCUGGGCUACCUGGUCAUCAGCGACGGGGCCGUGCUGGCGUCGUCGGGUGACCUGGAGAACGAUGAGCAGACGGCCGCCAUCCUCUCGGAGCUGGUGGCCACGGCCUGCGGGCUGCGGCUCCAGCGUGGCCACGACCCCCCCUUCAAACGCCUCUCAGUGGUGUUCGGGGAACAUUCCCUCCUCGUCACCGUCUCGGGGCAGAAGCUCUUCGUGGUGAAGCGGCAGAACCACGUCCAGGAGCCCGUCGCCGUCUGAGGCGCGUCCCCCGCUGUCCCCAAGCCGGGGGGGGGGGACACGGACGACGGGGGGGGGACACGACGGCGACACCGCCCCCCUCAUCCCCACUGUGUCCCCAGGGCCUUGGCGGCAGCGGCGGACGGGGGGGGCGGGGGGGGGACUGGCUCCCGUGUCCCCGUCGCCUCGGGGACCGCAGGGACGCGAAGGAUCGGGCCCCGCGGCCACGCGCUGUCCCCCGCGGUGUCACCCCCCGUGUCCCCACCCCCACCCCGUCCCUCUAUCGAGGCAAUAAAUUCUGUC